GUUGGCGGUUGGAGGCUUGGCCUUCAACACACAGAAAUUCAGUACAAUGGUGGCACAACAACAGACUAGAACCACGUUCAUCCAGUCUGCGGUCCACUUACUAAGAGCAAAUGGGUUUGAUGGGCUGAACCUUGACUGGAGGUACCCUGGAGGAGCUGGAAGCCAACCUCAGGACAAGCAGAGAUUCACACUGCUGUGCAAGGAGCUCAACGAGGCCUUUGUGGCUGAAGGAACAUUAACUAAACGUGCCAGAUUAAUCAUAACUGCGAGUGUCUCUGCUGAGAAAGCAAUCAUCGAUGCCAGUUAUGAAGUCACGGAGAUUGCCAAGCAUCUGGAUUUCAUGAAUGUGUUGACAUUUGACUUCCACGGCCCCUGGGAAAGUGUCACAGGACAUCACAGCCCCUUAUUCCAGAGAGCCCAAGACACUGGAAACCAAACCUACUUGAACACUGACUUUGCCAUGCGGUACUGGCAGAACCAGGGAGGACCUCCACAAAAGCUAAACUUGGGGUUAGCUGCAUAUGGGCGUGCUUUUGACCUGUCCACUGCAUCCACUGCUCCUGGUGCACCAGCCAGUGGUCCUGGGGAAGAAGGCUGCUACACCGGUGAAGAAGGAUUCUGGGCCACGUAUGAGACUUGUCUUUAUAUUGAAGGGGUUGAUAUCCAACUGAUUGCUGAUCAGAAAGUUCCAUAUGCAGUCACAGAAAACCAGUGGGUUGGAUUUGACAACAAAGACAGUCUUGAUACUAAGGUCACUUACCUAAAAACUAAUAACCUUGGAGGAGCCUUCGUCUGGUCUCUGGACCUGGACGACACCUCAGGACAGUUCUGUAAAAUAGGGAAAUGCCCGUUCAUCAGCCACCUGCAUACCCUCCUGGUUCCAGAUUUUCCUAGCCUCAACACAACCACUGCCCCAACCACGACAACUCCCCCUACAACAAACACAACUCUCCCUACCACAACCAUCCAUUCCACUCCUCCUAUCACAGCAUCACCCACUAUCAUACCAACAACUACAACUUCCCAGUCUCAAGGAUCUGGAAACCCUUGUGAAGGACUUACCAAUGGGCACUUUGCUGAUCCCAAUAACUCAACACGGUUCUACCAAUGUUCUCCUUCUGGUUCUCAUAUCCUUUCAUGCAGAGCUGGUUUGAUCUUUAGUGAUGUUACCGGAGUCUGUGACUUCCCACCCAAGCCGUAA